AUGGAGGCAACCAUGUUACCUCUUGCAAGGACUUCAUCAAUAGAAAGGGAGCCCAGGACUCUUAAUAUCCACCAAAUUCAAUCAGCUAGGGAGUUAGCAGUAUAUAUAUUGAACACAAAGACCAUAGAAGAAGCUUCCAGAAUUUUCAUGGAGGGUAUGCAGCCAGUGGUUAGUGGCGCAUGCUGCUUAGGAUCCAGCACAACAAUGGACAUGGAAUUGGACGAAGAACUGGAACUGAUGAACUCCAAAGACGCAACAACACAAGUAGACCCAGCAGCAGCAUUCAGAGACAUAGCAUCAGCACCUUUCUAG